AUGUCGUUGACCCGUACUCUUUUGUUGCCUCAGCUUAGAGCCACCAUUCGGCCUCAGCAUUUCCGUGUGGCGCAAUUCCCUCUUCGAGUCCGUAUCGCAGCCAUGUCCUCAGUUUCGGAUGCCAUAAUCAAGGAUCAUCGCGAGCUUGAGCAGUAUUACAAUGAGGUAAUUAACUCGGCCGACCACGACCACCAGCAACGGUUCGGCAACCAAUUUGUCUGGGAGCUUGCGCGUCACUCAAUUGGUGAGGAGCUUGUCGUCUAUCCUGCCAUGGAAAGGUACAUGGGAACCAAGGGAAAGGAAAUGGCCGAGCAUGAUCGCCAGGAGCAUCACCAAGUCAAGGAGCUCUUAAAGACGUUCCAAGGACUGAGUCCCCAGGACUCAAACUACCUUCCGAAGCUCAAAGAGAUCUGGACUCUUCUCUCCAAGCACAUCGAGGAGGAGGAGGGUCAAGACCUACCAGCGCUGGAACAAGCGCUUAAGGCCGACGAUGGGCAGUCCGAGUCCAUGUCAAAUAGCUUCAGCCGCACAAAGAUGUUUGUGCCAACGCGCAGCCAUCCCAGCGCCGGAGAGAACCCGCCAUUCGAGACUGUGAUGGGCUUGAUGGCGGCACCCAUGGACCGGCUUGCCGACAUGUUCCGGAAGUUCCCAGACCAGAGCAAGGUUUGA